AUGACACGGCCCCUGGAGCAGGCGGUAGCUGCCAUCGUGUGCACCUUCCAGGAGUAUGCAGGGCGCUGCGGGGACAAGUACAAGCUCUGCAAGUCAGAGCUCAAGGAGCUGCUGCAGAAGGAGCUGUCCAACUUGACUCCGACUGAGUUUCGUGAGUGUGACUAUGAUAAAUUCAUGAGCGUUCUGGACACCAACAAGGACUGCGAGGUGGACUUUGCCGAGUACAUGCACUCGCUUGCCUGCCUCUGCCAGUAUUGCCACGAGUACUUCAAGGGCUGCCCUGCAGAACCCCCCUGCUCUGAGUAG